AAGAAUGAGUGAGUGAGAGUGCGCCAGCUCAAGUGUGAGGGAGUCUUGACUCGAGUCUUAAAGUGUUCUUUCUUCUUCCUUCAAAUUCAACACUCAGAAUCGAACCAACGCGUUUAGAAUUCCAGCACGCCAAAAUUUACCCCCUGUUUUAAACAAGCUUCUGGUUUCUUAUGCUCACAAGUUAAGAAUAAACAAGUGAUUCGUUCUUCUUUUGAUUUUUGAAUUGGGAAUGCGAUUUCUCAGAUUCUAAUACCUGUUUCCCCAUUCGCGAUAAGUUACUAUGCCACCUGGUUUUGAGUACAACAUCGAUGAUCUGUACCAGGAAGCUAAGAGAAGAUGGCUGAAGCCGGUGGAAGUGCUAUACAUUUUGCGGAAUCAUGACCAGUGCAAGUUCACCAAUAUUCCCCCUCAAAAGCCAACAGGUGGAUCCUUGUUUCUAUUUAAUAGAAGAAUCAUGCGUUUCUUCCGUAAAGACGGUUAUAAUUGGCGGAAGAAAAGGGAUGGAAAAACUGUGGGAGAAGCACAUGAACGGCUUAAGAUUGGAAACGUUGAAAUACUAAAUUGUUACUAUGCACAUGGAGAGGAGAACCGUAGUUUCCAGAGGAGGAGCUACUGGAUACUGGAUCCGGCAUAUGAGCAUAUUGUUCUUGUGCAUUACAGAGAAACAAAGGAGGGGAACUCAGGUUCUGGACCUAUCCCACCAUUGUCUGAAGGCUGCUCUCCUGAAUUUAGUCAGAAUCGAAGCUCACGUACUACGCUUGACCCAGGGACAAUAUCCGUGCUUGGUGAUUCAUGUGAACCUUCUCAGAAUUUCUCCAGUACUGAGUCUAUGGAAGUUACCUCUAAUAUCAUCAGAAACAAUGGAAUGGAUCAGUUAGAUGAAACAGAUGCAGUCUUGCGCCAAUUGAAGCAACAGUUAAGUUUGGAAAAGGAGAACUGUGAAGAAAUUUCUCCCACAUACACUGAGCCUGAGAUUUUACAUGAUUUGAACCCUCAGCAUGAUGAAAGAGUGAUGUACAAGCAUAAAUCUGCAGCUUUCACUGUGCCAAAUGAUUAUGGACAAGCCGCUUAUGAAUGCAAUGGAAGACAAGGUGACAAUGGUAAAAAUUAUAAUCAAAUAUUAAACUGCGAUUGCCCAGAUGCAAAUGAAAAUGCCUUAUCUUGGACAGAGGUGCUUGAGUCGUGUAAGCCUGCAAGCUUGACCAAUUUACCAGAGCAACAUGCAUAUGAGGCAUAUGGAAAUGAUAGCUCCCUACAUUCUUCACGAAUUGUACUGAUUGACAGUCAAGAAAACAGUCAGUGGAUAAACUCCAACAGUAUUAAUGCUGAAAACUCUGUCUUCUCUUGUCCUCAAGAUGGUGGAACCAAAUUUCCUCUGUAUUCACCGGUUGAAGCUGAAGAACUUAGUUCUGACUAUGCGACAUUGUUUCAUCAAAUCCAAAUUCCACCACCUCUGGAUGCAGAUUCAUGCCUGACUAUUUCACAGAAACAAAAAUUCACAAUUAGGAGAAUCUUCCCAGAGUGGUGUUAUGCCACAGAGACUUCAAAGGUGGUCAUUAUUGGGUCAUUUCUCUGUCUUCCCUCAAAUUCUACCUGGGCUUGUAUGUUUGGUGAUAUUGAAGUGCCUGCUGAGAUAAUUCAGGAUGGUGUUAUUUGUUGUGAAGCUCCCCUCCACCUUCCUGGAAAGGUUACUCUCUGCGUUACUUCUGGAAAUCGGGAGUCCUGCAGUGAAUUUCGAGAGUUUGAGUUUCGCAAUAAGACUAAAAGUUGCACUCGUUGUAACUCAAUGGAAACAGAAACUGCUAGAAGCCAAGAUGAGCUGUUAUUACUUGUUACAUUUGCACAGAUGCUCCUUUCUCCUCCAACUAUAAAGAAUGACAACAUGGAACCUGUAUAUCAUCUUCCAGUGGAACAGAAAGCAGAUGAUGAUUCAUGGAGCCAUGUGAUAGAGGCUCUUCUAGUAGGCAGUGGAACUUCAUCAGGUACUAUUGAUUGGCUUCUUGAAGAGCUGCUGAAGGAAAGGCUACAGCUGUGGCUUUCUGGCAAAUCCCGGGAAAUAGAUGAAGCAACCGGCUGCCCUUUGUCAAAGAAAGAGCAGGGGAUUAUACACAUGGUUGCUGGAUUGGGUUAUGAGUGGGCCUUGAUCCCUAUUCUCAGUUGUGGUGUGAAUAUAAAUUUUCGUGACAUCAGGGGGUGGACUGCCCUUCAUUGGGCUGCACGGUUUGGAAGGGAAAAAAUGGUUGCUUCACUUAUUGCUGCUGGUGCAUAUGCUGGAGCAGUAACUGAUCCAACAUCUGCAGACCCAGAUGGGAAAACUGCUGCCGCUAUUGCUGCCAGCAAUGGCCAUAAGGGACUGGCCGGUUAUCUUUCAGAAGUAGCUCUGACUAGCCAUAAAGAUACUGCUGAGAUUGAAGCAGAGUUAACCAUCAAUCGUGUCUCAAAAGAAAAUAUUGGAUUCACAGCUGAUGGGGUUUCACUGGCUGCUGUCAGAAAUGCUGCUCUGGCUGCUGCUCGGAUACAGGCUGCAUUUCGUGCUCAUUCUUUCAAAAAACGGAGGGAGAGGGAAGCUGUUGCAGCAGCCGCUGCCGCUGCUGCUAGUCUAGAUGGGUAUGAUAUCGAUGCUGAUGGCAUUGGUAACAUUCUAGAGCUUUCUCCCAGGUUAAGUCAUAGCUUUGGGAGGCUUCGUGAUUACAAUGCAGCUGCUUUAUCAAUUCAGAAGAAAUAUCGAGGUUGGAAAGGUCGCAAAGAUUUCUUAGCACUGCGCCAAAAAGUAGUGAAAAUACAGGCUCAUGUGAGGGGUUACCAGGUUCGGAAGCAAUACAAGAUAAUAGUAUGGGCAGUUGGAGUCUUGGAGAAGGUAGUGCUACGAUGGCGGAGAAAAGGAGCUGGUCUACGAGGUUACCGACAAGACUCGAUUGAUGAAAAUGACGAUGAUGAUUUUCUCAAGGUGUUCAGGAAGCAGAAAGUGCAUGUAGCAAUUGAAAAAGCUUUUUCACGGGUGCUGUCCAUGGUCCAUUCUAAUGGUGCCCGUCAACAAUAUCGCCGCAUGCUUGAGAUGUAUCGUGAAGCUAAGGCUGAACUUGGUAGCAUGAAUGAUGAAGCGCCAUUAACGACGUCUGUAGGGGACACAUCAAAUAUAGAUGAUGAUGAUGAACUCUUUCAAAUUCCCGGGGGCUGGGAGACACUCUAGCAGCCCUCCUAAUUCUUGUUCUCUUUUGGUGGUUCAGUUUCUGGCUUCACCGUUUGUAUGGUGUCUUGUGUAUUUAAUGGUGUAGAACAAGCGUGAGAUCUUAGCCUGUAAAUAAAUCUAGGUUGUACAGUGGUAAAGUUGAUAAUGUUUGGAACUUUAUAGGUAUAAAAUGGUCUUGAAUUAAGGUGGAAUAGGGUUCUAAUUUCUGUUGAGAAGUGUUACUUGGCAACUUAGAUAUGCUUUGAUUUGUAGGCAAGAAAGUCCUCCAAUGUUGGAUCAUGGAAUGGUUUGCUUUGAAGGACUCAAGGACAUGCAUCCUUGUUGACUUCUCCUAUGAUUUUAAAGUUAAAAAGAGCAUUGGAGGUCUUGUAUUAUUCUAUUCGAGAGUAACAGUGGUUAUGAUUUAUGAAUACAUGGUUUCUGUUGGUCUUGUAAUUGUUAAA